GUGUGUUCCUUUUAUCUUUGGGCACUUUUAUGCAACCAGGUUUUUAUACUUUUUUUUGUUUGUUUUCUUCAACUAUCACUAAACUUUGAUGCAAUUUGUAUGAGUUAUCUGUUAGUUUACAGUAUCAUUCAUGUACGAAAGCUAAAUAAAAGUAUUUCCAAUAUUUUCCAGUUUUGCAAUGUGUUGCAAACGUCAAAGCGUUCAGUUCAAAACUGUUGAAUUUGCUUCCACAUCCUCGACAAAAACGUCGUUGCUUUGUUAAACAAAAACAAUGAAGAACAGUGUGAGCAGCGAGUCUGUGGCCGUGAUUACUAUCCAGGGAGUGACCCUGGUCUGUUUCCAUAGACACUACAAAACACUCUGGAUAAAACCGAGCAAUGGACGAGGAUCCGUCUGCUGAGGAGACUACAUUUGUUGUGGAUGAGAUUACCACAGUUAUCAAAGAAGCUGUUGAAAGCACCAUAGGUAACAGCUCUUACCAGCACAGUCAAAUCAACCAGUGGAUGUCAAGCAUUGUAGAGUCAAGUCUAAGCCAGCUAACUAAAUUAGGAAAGCCUUUCAAGUACAUAGUGACAUGCAUCAUACUCCAAAAGAAUGGGGCAGGUUUGCACACUGCCAGCUCGUGUUUCUGGGACAACAGUACAGAUGGGAGUUGCACGAUACGAUGGGAGAAUAAAACCAUAUACUGCAUAGUUAGUGUUUUCGGGCUUGCCAUUUGAGGAUGAAUAUCAGCAUGCAGGCCUGUCUCCUGUUCAGUGGUUUCCAAACAUUUUUGUAAGCCUCAUAAACAAGCAAUGAUGUCGCUGUUUAAUUUGAAUAAAACUUGAAUAAAUUUAUCUGAAAUUCUAA